AUGGCCACUGUACCUGGGGCAAGAACUACUGCCUGUACGAGUUGUACUACCGACGCAGAUGUAUAUUAUAGCGAUACAGUAACAACAUGCGCCGCUAUACAACAGAUUAUCGCUGAAGCUCAAUGUGCUAGCGUCAUUACGGAUCCACUGAUUACAUGGGCGCAAGCGCAAGGCGGUUGCUACAUGUUAGAUCUUCUAUGCCCAACCGAUGCCUCAGUGUUGAUUCAAACCGCUAGCGGACCUAUUUUACUAUCAAUGGCUGAUUAUGACUCCGGAUUAUUUCAAUUUAUCUGCGAAGCUGGCGAGUAUUUUUUCAAUUCACCGGAUGCCGGUACUUCUUCGCAACUUCAAUCGGUAGUAUGCUUUGAUAGCGGCGCAGGUGAUGAUGUACCGCAAAUGGAAGCUCCAAUGACUACGACCGACACCAUCGCGACCACCACCGAUUUGAUUGAAGAAGAAGAU